CGCCAAGCACGCUAAGCCAUUUAAUGAAGAGUCUCCUUAAUAUCGGUCUCGUAGUGCAGAAUUGUCGCAAAUUUAGCUCAAAAAUCAUGUCUAACAAGGUGUUUUUCGAUAUGGAAGCCGAUGGCCAGAAACUCGGUCGCAUUACCAUCGAAUUGCGUCCUGAUGUUGUACCUAAGACCUGCGAGAACUUCCGUGCUUUGUGUACCGGAGAGAAGGGAUUCGGAUACAAAGGAUCCACUUUCCAUCGUGUCAUUCCAAACUUCAUGUGUCAAGGCGGUGACUUUACCCAUCACAACGGCACUGGCGGAAAGUCCAUCUAUGGCAACAAAUUCGAGGAUGAAAACUUCACCUUGAAGCACACCGGACCCGGCAUCAUGUCCAUGGCCAAUGCUGGACCCAACACGAACGGAUCCCAAUUCUUCAUUACCACUGUCAAAACUGCCUGGUUAGAUAAUCGUCAUGUUGUCUUCGGCUCUGUCGUCGAUGGCAUGGAUAUCGUCAAGAAGAUCGAGUCGUAUGGCAGCCAAUCUGGCAAACCAUCCAAGAAGAUUGUCGUCGCCGACUGCGGUCAAUUGUAAGUUGUUGUUAUUGCUACAUACCUCAUCCCUUAAAAAAACACAAAAACACACAAAAUAAAUGUCAACAAAAAAAAAGUAGCAAUCGAGUACCAACAACAACUCACACAACUCACAUACAUACACAACAAAUUAAAUUUAGUUAAAAAAAAUAGUUUCCCCCAAAAAAAGAAAAAAAAACUAAAAGAUUGAGCUACAUCAAGCAACAAUUGCUAACAUUCUUUUGCAUUUAGAGUAACUUUAUACAAAAAAAAAAAAUGAUCACCCCGCGGAUCAUCAAACUAAAUUUUAAUCUCUUUUUCUGACAACUAAUUAAUAUAUAAGAACAAUUCCAAUUUAUAUUGAUUUUUUUAUUAAUACAAGAAAAUAACGUAAAUAAAUAACAACAACAACAACAACAGGUAGUAGGGUACUUUUGGUCUUUGAUUAAUGAUUAAGGCAGAGAUUCGUUUUCCAUUUCAUGAUAUAUAUUAUUAAUACCCACAAACAAAAGUAAUAACGACAAUAGUCCAGAUAUUCCCAAUGUUUUUUUUU